GAGAGAAGGAGAAAUCCGGAGAGAGAGGAGAAGGAGCUCCAUAGACAGUGCGGACGGGACAGAGCGAGGGAGGGAGAAAGAGAAAGGGUUCUAGGAUUGGAGGGGAGACGGAGAGGGCGAGAGCCAGAGGGGAGAGCGAGCGAGGGAGGGGGAAGGCGGCGAGGGAGGCGGGGGCCCCGCGAGGGUGGAAGGAGGGAGGAGAAGGGCGGGGCGCGGAGGCCCGAACGAGGGACCAGACGCCGACUCUGACUUUUUCCGCCGCUCUCGGCUUCAGGCAUCUCAGCUGCCCCUGUGCCGACCUCUUGAAGUCACUAUCUCCUGACGUCCCCACCCCAGACUUCCAACUCAGCCAUGUCACUCCUCCUGCUGGUGGUCUCUGCCCUUCACAUCCUCAUUCUCAUCCUGCUUUUCAUAGCCACUUUGGACAAGUCCUGGUGGACCCUCCCCGGGAAGGAGUCCCUGAAUCUCUGGUACGACUGUACGUGGAACAGUGACAACAAAACGUGGGCCUGCAGUAAUGUCAGCGAGAAUGGCUGGCUGAAGGCAGUGCAGGUCCUCAUGGUACUUUCCCUCAUCCUCUGCUGUCUGUCCUUCAUCCUGUUCAUGUUCCAACUGUACACCAUGCGGCGAGGAGGGCUCUUCUAUGCCACUGGCCUCUGCCAGCUCUGCACCAGCGUGGCGGUGUUUACCGGGGCACUGAUCUACGCCAUUCAUGCCGAGGAGAUCCUGGCAGAUCGCCCGUCAGGGGGCAGCUUCGGUUACUGCUUUGCCCUGGCCUGGGUAGCCUUCCCGCUCGCCCUGGCCAGUGGCAUCAUCUAUAUCCACCUGCGGAAGCGGGAGUGAGGGCCACGCGUCCCCUCGCUUCCUCAGCCCGCUCCUGGCCCCUCCGCCUUACCCUGAAGCCGGCGCCCCGCUCCAGAAAAUAAAUAACAUUUAACCGUUC